AUGUCUUACCUAUCUAUUCGCAUUGAUGAGAAGUACGCUUCCUCAUCACAUACAAUAUCUGUUAAACCUUAUAUCUUUAGAGUGGAUGAGCUACUACACAAAGAAAACAAAAUGAACUAUGAACCAGAAAUACUUGCAAUUGACUUUUCAGUGGAAGUCACUUUUAAGGUUCUCUUUCUCACGCGAACCAGUUUCAUUCGCCGUUAUGAGUUUAGAGGUCCAUUUUCGGAGGUAGAUUUGCAUCAUCUUCUAGGCGUCAUGAGUCAUGGCAUGCGUCCUUCAUUUCUGGAUGACCUGGAUGGUGGCUCCAUGUUAAAUGCAGAGUUAACAAGAUGUGCCAAAAAGCUUCAAGAAGCUGGGAUUAAAUUCAAGGUGAAUUUGAGAAGUGACUCAUGGAUGGAUAUAGAGUUCAAAAAUGGAAUCAUGAGAAUCCCGCCUAUGUUUAUUGAUGAUGACACAAAGCAAUUACUUAGAAAUUUGAUUGCAUAUGAGCAAUAUAAUCACAGAAAUGAAUGGGCGUAUGUGACUAGUUAUGUGAAAUUUUUGAAUUGCCUCAUCAUGUCCCCAAAUGAUGUCAAAAUACUUCGCCAAAAGUAA